AACAUCACAAGCAACCCAAGAGUGAAGUCUGAUAAGAAAAAUCAGCUGUUGGAGCAGCCAUGCCCCACUUCUUGGAUUGGUUCGUGCCAGUGUAUCUGAUGAUCUCCAUUCUCAUCUUGGUGGGCUUCGGAGCUUGCAUAUACUACUUUGAGCCGGGCCUACAGGAGGCCCACAAGUGGCGGACGCAAAGGCCGAUCAUGGAACGAGAUCUUCGGAAAACACUGAUGAUACGGGAUAACCUUGCCUUUGGGGUGCCUGAGGUCUAG